AUGGACUGCUGCUUCCCCUGCCUCGGAGGGGCCAAGAAGAAGGAGAAGCAGCCGCCGGAGAAGCCCCAGAUCCGCCCCGCCUCAGUUGUUGAUGCAGAGAAACCCAAACAUGGUCCGUCGUCUAGUGUGACGAUGCAGGAUUCGUUCGAUUUCAACAAGGAGUCUGCAAACAAGGGCAUUGUCCUGAGCAAUGGAUCUGGCCACCACCAAAUCGCUGCGCAAACCUUCACUUUCAGGGACCUCGCAGCAGCCACGAGCAACUUCAGAGCUGAUUGCCUUCUUGGUGAGGGUGGCUUUGGACGGGUGUACAGAGGCUAUCUGGACAGUGUCAGCCAGGUUGUUGCUAUAAAGCAGCUUGACCGUAACGGAUUACAAGGCAACAGGGAGUUUCUUGUUGAAGUUCUGAUGUUGAGCUUGCUGCAUCACCCAAAUCUUGUCAGCCUUAUUGGCUACUGUGCUGAUGGGGAUCAGAGGCUUUUGGUUUAUGAGUAUAUGCCUCUAGGUUCUCUUGAGGAUCACCUUCAUGAUCCUUCCCCAGAUAAGGCACGGCUUGACUGGAAUACAAGGAUGAAGAUAGCUGCUGGUGCAGCGAAAGGGCUAGAGUAUUUGCAUGACAAAGCCAGUCCUCCUGUCAUUUACCGGGACUUGAAAUGUUCAAACAUCUUGAUUGGAGAGGGGUAUCACCCAAAGUUGUCUGAUUUUGGAUUGGCAAAGCUUGGUCCAAUCGGUGAUAAAACUCAUGUUUCCACAAGAGUGAUGGGGACAUAUGGGUAUUGUGCCCCUGAGUACGCUAUGACCGGACAGUUGACCCUAAAGUCAGACAUUUAUAGCUUUGGUGUAGUCCUUCUAGAGAUCAUUACAGGACAAAGGGCUAUUGACAACACCCGAGCUGGAGGGGAGCAAAAUCUUGUUGCAUGGGCCCGGCCAUUGUUCAAAGACAGGAGGAAAUUUCCCCUGAUGGCAGACCCUGCACUAGAGGGGCAUUAUCCUCCAAGGGGAUUGUACCAGGCCCUUGCUGUCGCAGCAAUGUGUGUCCAAGAGCAACCGAGCAUGAGGCCGCUGAUCGGGGAUGUGGUUACAGCCCUCACUUACCUUGCCUCCCAGACCUACGAUCCGGAAGCACAUGCCAAUUCGCGCUUGGUGGCUCCAGGGACACCACCACGGACUAGGACCAGGAAUCGAAGCCAUGGCGCUGCAGAUCAGAGAGGAAGUGGCUAA